ACCGGCUAUCCUUGUUAGUUCAUUUACGUUUAGUAGUUUGGCUAACUGUGCUAGCUAUAUUUAUUUGAUUUCGACCUCAACCGGUAGUUUCAACCGGGCGUGUGCGGAGGGACAGAAAUGUCAAAAUUGAAAUAGAAAAUAAAAAAUAAUGAAAGAGGUUUCAAAUAUAGAUUUUUUUCGAAAUAUAAAUCAGUUUGUUGCGCUUGCUAUCUGCAAAAUGAAUUAAUUGAUUUCAGUGAAUGCGUGAUAUAGAUGGAGAACUAUGUCUUGUAUGAUGAAAUUGGGAGAGGCGAGAAUACUAUAGUAUACAAGGGAAGAAGAAAAGGCACUAUCAACUUCGUCGCUAUCUACUGCAUCGAGAAAUGCAUGCGAGCAGAAAUCACAAAUAGAGUCAGGCUGACUCAUGAGUUGACUCACGAGAAUGUAGUGGCAUUCCACGAGUGGUACGAGACAUCCAACCAUCUCUGGAUUGUAGUUGAACUGUGUACUGGAGGUACUCUGAAACAGGUGAUAGAACAGGACCAACACUUGCCAGAGAACUGCAUCCGCAAAUUCGGAAGAUGUAUCCUUAGAGCACUGUACUACGUGCACUCCAUAGGAAUAGUGUUUAGCAACCUUACCACUCAGAAGGUUUUGUUGGAUGGACAGGGAAAUUUGAAGCUCAGUGACUUUACUCUUUCUCGAGUACCAGGCGAGGACCUGCAGACCAUUUUCCAGCAGACCAUGGAAGAUUUUGAGGAAGUGACUGAGAUCCACAGUUCUCGAGUAGCAGUGGACAAAUGUUAUGCUGCACCCGAGGUGCUGAGAAACGCCAUGUACAGUCCGUCCUCUGAUUUCUGGAGUCUGGGAUGUAUUUUGUAUGAGAUGUUUGCAGGAGCUCCACCUUUCAGCUCCACAAAUGACGAUCUGAUGCAUCAUUUAGAAACCACUACUUUUCCGUCCCCAAGAAGCAAAGUUUUGUCAGCUCAACAUACUGAAAAGCCUUCGAAGGAGUUUAUGCAUUUGUUGAGUGGUUUGAUGCAACCUGAUGUUUCUAAGCGAUUCGACUGGAACGCAAUUUCUGAGCAUCCGUUUUGGAAAGGCAGUGUUUUGAACGAGACUAUGGACAGACCAAUCACUCUUGUAACUGGCGGAGAAGUAUCCGAAAUGGACGAACGCCUCGAUACUCUGAAUAUAUCAACCUCUAAAUUAGCUCAGUCAUUGCGAAUGACCCAAGAGUUGAGGUCAUCCCUGCGACCAAAAACUGGCGAGGAUCCCAAACUUGCUCAAGGAACCCAAGGUGGUACAUCGUCCAGCGUCCAUCCAACAAGUAAUGUAGUUAGAGGAAAUGAAUCUGGGAUUCCAUCAACUGGUAAAGUCAGAGAAGUGAGACCACACGAAGCGGCUGAGUCGACAACUCCUCGUGAGAGGGGCAAUCAGUCGUCAAAAUUUGAUGGGAAAUCAACAAACGGAAACAGAAGCGCCAGAACAACUCAGGACAGUUACAGUGUAGGGGAAUGGCGCCAAUUGAUCUACACGAGCUCAGACCUGUCCACUGGAGCCAUAAUGGACAAUCCAAAAAUAGUCAAAGUACCGGACACUAAAUUCGAUGUUAAAUCACUUCCCGCCCCAAGCAUUGGUUUAGAAGGAAUUAAAGCGCUUUCAGAAGAUCAACUGAAGAAUCACUUAAAGCCAUUUGUUGAAGCUCUGAUGCCUAGCGAAAAGAACAACAGUUUGCAGAAGACUAAAUUACACGUGGCAUCUUACCUGAUGAAAGUCUGUUGUGACUCAUUAAGCAACACGCUAAUAAAUCACUAUAGAUUACUGAACGUAGUUGUGAAUCAUGUGAAAAGCAACAGUUUGCAAGAGAUGAGAGCAAAGUAUUGUCGUCUUAUUGGACUCUUAGCUCAGAACUGCUCACGUGUUAACCAUGGAACCAACUUAAUGGAGGUCAUUGUGAUUCUAACUGAAGUCUUGCGCGAUAGCUUUAGGAAUGUAAAGACAAAGCAAAGCGUGUUACCAGCUAUCGGAGAGGUCCUGUUCCUAAUAGCUGCGCAGGAGGAGAAAGAGGGAUCCAGCAUAGACAGCUGGACAAUCCCUUCGAUCUCUUUUACUAUGGUGACCAGAUGUCUGAGAGAGGGCGAGGAGCCAGUCACGCAACAUCUAGGAGCCAAGAUUGUAGAGAACAUAGCGGCCACUACAGGAGUUCACUCAAACAAGUUCUCAACCACGGAAGUGGCACUGUUGCUGUGGAAUAUAUUCUGUCACUCGUCCAGCGACUCACUGAAAAUAGUGGCCAUCUCUGCACUGUGCAGGAUCAACAAACUAAACAGUGCAAUAUUUCCCAGUGUCAUAGACAAAGUGGGUUUGCAGAAGGUACUGGAUUCGAUGGUGGCUAAUUCCAAAGUACAACAGCCUGUACUGACUAUGUUCCUAAGUAUGUUGUCCCACGGUCAACAUGUAGCCAGACUUACCCAAGAUAGGGACUUUGUGAACAGAGUGAUGAAAAUGUUGGAGAGUCCCAUUGCUACAGUUAGAGCCAAGUCUUUUCUGUUGCUGCUGAUUGUGAUAGAAAACAGCACUGAAAUGCUUGUUUACAUGUGCAAUCAGCGACUGGUAGUUUAUGUUGAAAGAGACUGCAAGAAACAGAUGUCUGCGCGUGGCGAUCAUACUUCCUCUGUGAACUACUUGAACCAAUGUCUGGAACAGCUGAUACAGAUAGUUGUGAACACUUUUCCAGUAGUGAUGCAAGACGUAGUUGCAACUCUUGAUAGUGUUUCUGGCCGCAAGCAUCCAUCAACACUCCAGAUUAAACAGAUCAAAAGCACUCUGCCUCUGUUUGCCAUGUCAGUAUUCCUCAUUUCCAGCCAAGUUUUCCGAAGUAAGAUCCUAAACGUGGAUAUUGCCACCAAACUGGGACAGCUUCUUAAUCAUGUUCAAAUGAUUGAUUCGGGAGAAACAUGUAUAGACUCCUCAAAUAGCACAGCGCUUUCCGAUGAGUUCAAGAAAUCAUGUCUGGCAUCUGUAGAAUCUAUCGUUCAACAUCCUCAAAUCAUAGUUACCUACUGUAUAGAAAUGGUUGAAGGUAUCAUGCCUCCGCUUAGCAACUUAGUUAUAAAUAGCGAUAACGCAGACAUUAGACUGAUGGCUCUCCUUUUGCUGUCUGAAAUCAGUGGAGAAGUUUUAAGUCACUGCUUGUCUGUUGAUGAUGCAAACACGAAAGAGCUCAAGAACAAAGUGCUUUCGAACUUUGUAACCCUUCUUGUCCCUAAUUUCGAGCAGAUUCUCAUCUACCAGGAUCCGAUGCCAGCCUAUGGACUGAAGAUGCUCUCCAAUAUACUAGAGACGUUCCCACACAGCAUAAAAGAUGUCGAAUCUGCUGGUAUACUUCCCAUCAUGUUCCAAGUUCUGACAGAACACGAGUCUGACCUGACAGGUACUGUCAUCUUGAGACUGGUCAACAUCUUUAACACAAUAGUCACAACCAAAGGAGCCAAUUUGGACGAUUUGUAUGACAUGGGACUUGCAGAUAGUCUCAGCUCACUAUUUCUAGCCGUUGUCUCAAAUAUGAGGAGCUCCGAUGAUCACAACAGGAACAGUGGUUCUGCAUUUGUAAAUGAUAAAGACCUAAAAUCUGUGAACACUUUAGCAGCUGCUAUCUUAGAAGCUCUUCAGAACCUUCUGAAAUACGCAUCUAAUAUAGUUAGAGUAACUCUUCAACAGAAAAGUGCGAAUGGUGCCACUGAUACAUCAAAAGCUGAGGCUCUCUUGCUGCGCAACAAAGUCUUCAUGCAGUUAAUGUCUCCGUUAGUUCAGAUGUUGAUCUCGCCUGAAAGUGACAUUCAGGAGCUGUCGUGCAAUAUCUUGUUCAUCCUUGUGCAGCUCUACGGUGGAGCUGAUGACACAGAUGGAUUAGACAUUUUGUCUUCGGAGAACUUGUUUUGUAUCAAGAGAGCUUUACUAGAAUUUGACAUGAAAAAGCAGAGAAUUCUUCUACGAUUCCUGAAACGUGUCUUGUCAAGUGAUGCUAGUCACGUGGAGCAAUGGAAAGCUAAUUCUGUAGGGGUCGAGUUGACGGAGCUGGUUCAGAAACUAGCCAGUGGGUCUUCAUCUGUGCCUGGUGCCACAGAUGCUACUGUGAGUUCUGUGGCCAAAGAGAUACUCAAAAUCUUAUUAGCUUGAACUGACUCAGCUCUUGUCUGACUGAGCAAGUGGCUUGUGUUAAGUUAAACUGAUCGAUGUCGUGUAUGUCCCAAAUGUAAUCAUAAUUUUGUUUAUAAUUGUGUAAC